UUGCAUUUCCGGGUUAAAGGUAACUGCUUGCGCACUGGCAUGUUUUGGUUGUAGCUGUGGUUUAACGUUAUUUACAGGUAUUGUCUACAACGUAUGAAGCCAUAAUUACUUACAUAAAUUGAUAUUAAAGAAUAGUUUAUUAUGGAGGACUCUGGAAAUAGAUUCAAAUUAAAGAGUGAUGAGGAUGGGUUUGAAGACCGUAACAAAGAUGUGUUUGGCGGAUUGACAAGUCUGGAAGAUCAUUAUCUAGUGGAUGCUAGAAAGAGAUCCAGCUGCUAUGACGAUGAUGUUGAUGAGGGUGAAAGAAGCCAUUGCAAGCGUAGCAGACGCGAAUUCAAAAGACCUGAUAUCCCUAAUGUAGAUCGGUUAAGAGGAAGAGGACGAGGAGGACGACGAAAAACUCCAGAUUAUGUUCUUCAUCCUUACAGUUGGACCAAGUACUCCCUGAGAGAAACCGGUGAAGAACACAUGUCUGAGAAGGGAGAUUCACUCAAUAAAAAAGUUGCAUUAGAAUUCCUUCAAAAAAACAAAACACCAAGUGAGGACAAAGAGGAGAUGACAGAAGAGGACAAUGAUAGAAAAAUGGUCUUCAAAAAACCAAUAAAAAAGAAAGAGGUUCAAGAAAAGACGAAACCCAAGACAUCAGCAUCCUUGUUUGUUGAUAACACACAUAAAAUAAAACUCAGGUAUGUGGUUGGCAAGGAAAAACGAGAGAACAAAAAGAAUAUCUCAACUGUGAAUACUGAUAACUCACAGACAAGCAGCUGUUUGGACCUCCAUCAUUUGGAUGAUGAUGUUAGUCAGUCAGAGGACAGCAAGUCAGAUGACACAGUACAAGGUUACUUCAUCAUAUGAUAGUGGGAGUGGGAGCGUAGCAAGUUUUAAAUCUG